AUGGUUGAUCUACAACAUCAUGCUCAACUCCGUCGCUUUGUCACGCGUUGGAGAAUCAUUGCGUUGAAGAAUCCUCCGAGAGAUCCUCCCAGUAUGAAAGUUUCGUCGAUGAGGCGGAGUGUGUCUUGUCCGUCCAUACCCUCCAAGAAGAAGUUCAGGCUGUUUGCUCAGAUUGAGAGCUUUUGGUUGGUGCAUGGUGAACUUUUAGCCCAGCUAAGUAUCUUUAGGUAUAAGCGCGCUUCCGAGUAUUGGGACAAGAAGGAAAGCGACUUGCAGGCGCUGCAUCAAAUGCGACAACGAGCAGAAGAACAGGGCAAGCUGUAUCGAGCAGCAAAGAGCUCCGAGAUCAUUGCUCCACAUUUGUUCGAUCAUAAGUACCAAAGUUCAGGAGACUUCACAAGGGAGGAUAACGAUCUUGCUGUCCCUGUUCUCCUCGACUCCGUCGUGCACGGUUUGAAGAAAUCUGUAAAAGUAGGACAAGUCGAGCGCUUGGAGCAACAGAUCCAAGAGUUGAAGAAAUAUUGUCGGAGACUUGAGAAGGACCAUGACAAGCGGCUGCUUCAGAAAGGGGGAAUGGAAGAUCUAGACGGGCAUAUCAUCUACCUUCCUCCUGACACCCCCCGCAGCGGCUUCAGCAGCGUCCUUGACACUCCUCGCUCCACCUACCUGAGCACCCCGAGGCUCCAAGAAGCUGGAGUAGAGGGUCAGCGACUGGAUUUCGGUGGAGGUGGAGGAGAGCAAAGCUAUGCUUGGCCGUCAACUCCAAGGAGCCUCAAUCAUCAAGAUUUCAUAAGAUACGUGCUAUAG